AUGACGCCAUCACCAAAUCAUAAACCUGUCCCACCUGUCUCACCGACGACGUUAGCAACUAUUUUAAAAUUUGAGAAAAACGUCAUUCAUAUGUCGAAUGGAUGCCCAAUCAUUUUGAAUACUUCAUAUCCUAUAACUGAAUCUGUUUCUGAUAAUCCACUUCAGCAUAUAUCCAGACCAAUGUAUCAUGAAGAAACACCUUCUUGGGAUUUGACUACUUACGAAAAUCGCUUGAGAACGUUUGAUGGAGUCUGGAAAUUACAAUUCAUAACACCUGACCAAAUGGCCAAAGCUGGAUUAUAUUAUUUGGGCAUACAAGAUCGUGUUAGAUGUUUGUUUUGUUCUACAGAAUUCGAUUAUUGGCAACAAGGUGAUGAUCCGGUUGUUGAACAUAAACGUCAGUCUCCACAAUGUCCAUUUUUUAAUGAUUCUUCUGCUGGUUAUGAUGUGUGUGGUCUUUAUGGUUCUGCUCCUGCUGAUAUCCAUUCUAAUCACGAGUCAAAAAAAGUUCAAGACUUUUUAGAUUCUGUGGGUAUUCUGCAACAGAUUAAACCUCCUAAGCACAGAGAUUUUGCCACCCUAGAAGCACGGUUGAAAUCUUUUGAAAAAUGUUUGAUAUCGUUAAAACAAAAUAUUCAAACUCUAUGCGAAGCUGGAUUUUUUUAUAUAGGCAAUGGUACAAAUGACCAAAUGCUUUGUUAUUACUGCAGUCAAGGUCUGAAAGACUGGGAAGAUAACGAUGAACCAUGGACAGAACAUGCCAGAUGGUCAGAAUCAUGUAGUUACGUGUUGUUAAAUAAAGGCAAAAAUUUUGUUGACAAAGCAUGUGGCGUGAAAAGCACAAAAUUCAACCCAACGGAGUUAUUCAAGCUGAUUGCUGAACAUAAGGAUAAGUCUAUUACUGAAAAUAAUAUGAAAGUAAAUUCGACAAAAAGGAUUCACAUUGUCUGUCAACGUCACACACCUAGACAACCUGAUCAGCCGGAGACUUCUAACAUAGGUCAAAUCAAAACAACAUCUGAGGAAAACCAACAUGUUUGUGAAAAGCGAGAUCCUAAUACAAUACCAGAUUCUAUGCUGUGCAAGAUUUGCUAUAAAGAAGAAAUGAAAGUGGCUUUUAUCCCUUGCGGUCAUGUAAUUGCCUGCAUUCAAUGCGCAUUAACACUCGAACAGUGUGCUGUAUGUAGACAGCCAUUCAGCAUGGUGAUGAGAGUACACUUGUCAAUGGACGUAGAAAAAGUUAAAGAUCUCGAACAGUUACCUUGCAGUUCAUCACAGUGUUUAGAUGAACCAUUGGACCCGAUGCUUUGCAAAGUAUGUCACAAAGAAGAAAUGGCAGCGGCAUUCAUACCCUGUAGACAUGUUUACGCCUGUGUCAAAUGCGCGGCAGAUAUGCACGAGUGCCCGACGUGUACAGAAGGUUUCUGUGCCACUAUACAAGUGUACUUAUAG